UCACCAAAACACCCUCCACAAACUUCAAAUUCUUUAACACUUUAGAGGGCAAAGAAUCUCUUGUUUUUUUACCUGACAUGGUGACCCUUACAUUUAGUGCAGAAAAACAAAAAAACUGAUCUAACAGUGAGUUUAUGCUGUCAAAUAGUUUUAUAUAUUUUCAAUAAUGCGACCUUCAACUACCAUAUAGUAAUGAAAGCAACCACUCAAGAGAUCUAAAUAAAAUCAUGUUGCUACAAUUCAUGUUAGUUUUAUAGCACUUGAGAAAGAGAUGGGAAAAAAAGGUAAAUGGCUUAAGAAUUUCUUGACAGGGAAAAGAGAGAAAGAUAAAGAGAAAGAGAAAUCUACAAUAAACCAGAAUUUUUCUAAUGGACCAGAAAAUCCAACUACUCCAAUUUCUAGUUCAGGUUCUACAAAGGAGAAAAAGAGAUGGAGUUUUAGAAGAUCGUCCGCAACGGCCACGCCCACGGUUUCUAAGGAGUUGAAUAAAUCUGAAGCUAUUGCUUCAGUGACGGUACAAACUGUUACUGAUAUUCAGAAUAUUCAGAAUAUUCAGAAUGAGCAGAGGAGUCAUGCUAUGGCUGUGGCUGUUGCUACUGCGGCGGCAGCUGAUGCAGCAGUGGCUGCUGCACAGGCUGCAGCCGUUGUGAUCCGAUUGACUUCUGGUUCGAAUGAGAGUUGGAGAAGUAUCGAAGAGGCUGCUGCUGUUAGAAUUCAAUGCGUCUUUCGAUCUCACUUGGCGAGAAAGGCAUUGCGUGCUCUGAGAGGAUUAGUGAAGUUGCAGGCACUGAUAAGGGGUCAUUUAGUGAGAAAACAGGCUAAGGAAACACUUAGAUGUAUGCAGGCUUUGGUGACAGCACAGGCUAGAGCUCGGGCUCAACGGAUCCGAAUGGCGUCGGAAGGAAGGCCUAAUCCAAAUCAAUCAACUCCUAGAAAUGUCAUGGAAAAUGACUUGUUCAGGCAAAUAUAUAAUGAAAUGGACAGAGGUUUGGAAGACAACAUCAAGAUUGUGGAAAUGGACUUUUGUGAAUCAAAAGGCAACUCUACAAGCAGAAGCAGCAGCGUAAAUCAUCAAUAUUCCACAAAUGGUUCAUAUUCGUACUCAAAAGAAGAAAACUACAAAGUAUCACCAGCUCCAUCAGCUGUAACAGAAAUGAGUCCAAAAGCAUGCAGUGGCCAUUUCGAAGAUUGCUUCAGUACAGCACAAAGCAGCCCUCAUUACUAUUCUGCUAUAUCGAAAAAAGACGAUUCAUCUUCAGACCAUACUUUUUCAUUCCCUAGUAUGUCCUAUGAUUACCCUUUGUAUCCAAGUUACAUGGCUAAUACAGAAUCAUCCAAGGCUAAAGCUAGAUCACACAGUGCACCAAAACAAAGGCCGGAUACAUUUGAGAGGCAACUGAGCCGACGGAGAGUUUCGGUCGAGGGAAGAAAUGUACCUAGGCCAGUGAGGAUGCAAAGGUCAUCUUCACAUGUUGGUGCCACUGCUCAGAAUUACCAAUAUCCAUGGUCAAUUAAGCUUGAUAGAUCAGCGGUUUCGCUCCAAGACAGCGAGUGUGGCUCGACAAGUACAAUGCUUACGAAUACCAAUUACUGCAGAUCUCUUGUUGCAUAUGAUGUGAGUAGUACUACCAACUAUUCUCAUGCCAGAUGGAGAUAGGAACUGAGUGUGUGCCUUGUGUUACACGUAAUAGAAGAAUCUUUGCAAGAACAUUAAAUAUGUAAGAAUUGAGGUUUUCAGGUUUCUGAGUUUUUCUUUUUCCUUUUAGAUUUCAAAAGAAAAAGUAACGGUUCUGUCUUUAUAAUAUAGAGUUGCUGUGUAGAGUUUCUUCUUCUAUUGAUUGUGUGUAUUGUGGAUUCUGUGUGAAACAUUGUAAUGGUUUUUGGUUUUGUAUAAAUGUUACCAAGAUAAGAUACAUUGUCUAACAGCAAUGUUUUACUAAUGAGUUGUUUAUUUUCUAUGAUC